CCCCGGCCCCAUGCCCCGAGGGCGCGCCUGGACGCAGGCGGAGAUCCGCUGCCUGCUGGCGCUGGUGGGGGGCUGCGGGGAGGUGGCCCUGCUCAUGGCCUCCACGUCGCGGCCCAACGAGGCGCUGUGGCGGGACAUCUCCCGGGGGCUGGCGGCGGCCGGCUACAGCCGCAGCGUGACCCAGUGCCGCUCCAAGUGGAAGGCGCUCAAGCAGGCCUUCUACUCGGAGCGGGAGACGCGCCGGCAGGCUGGCCGCCACUCGCCGCGCGUGCCCCCGCACUACCGCACCAUGAAGACCAUCUGGAAGGCAGCCGGGCGGCCCGUUUUCGGCGAGAGACGGCUGCCAGACCGGGUGAAAUUGCCUCCCAGGAAGCGCGGGCCACCCCUCGAGGACCACUCUCCAUCCUCACCUGAGCUGCAAGAGCACGUCAGCUGCAUGGAUGCCCUGGGCACACCGCCGUCCCUGCUGCCGCAGUGCGCGAAGGACGAGCCUGCGAGCCCAGCUCCUUUGGACCACGUAGCUGGAAUGCCUCCCACUCCCUCUCCCGUGCCACACACUGGCCACCCAUUCCCUCCCCUUCCCCUCCUCGAGUUUCACGCCGCCUUCCCACCCCUGAAGCAGGAAACUGCUGAACGAAAGGCUGGUUCCCCUGGCGAAACGUCCCUGGGGAUGGGAGCAGGGAACCGGGUGCUGCCGGUGGCUACCACAGACUCGGGCUCCCCUGGAAGGGCUGCUGCGAGUGAGCAGGCAGCAGCGGGUGAAGAGGUAUCAGGCAUGAGCGUGCAAGGCGCCGGCGUCGCGGGCUUGCUGCAGAGCGUGCAGCAGCUCCUGGUGCAGAUCCUGCAGACGUCGCAGCAGCAGCAGGUGCUGCUGGAGAGCCUGGCCAGCGACACCGUCUCCCACCUCCACGUAAUCUCCGACAACCUGGUGCAGGUGGGCGAGACGCUGCACGAACUGCUGCUCCGGGCGCACGCCCGCGCCGGCGCCCUCCCCAGCCCGCUCGACCGCUACAUCAGCCGCGCGCCCCUUUUCGAAGGCGACCCCCGGCCCCCACUGCUCCCCAGAGUGCCCUGCUCCCCUGGCGCUCCCCACGCCUCCCCCUGCCACAAAGGGGAGCCUCUGGGGUCCCCUGCCACCAGCUUCACCCCGCCGUGAGCGCUGCUGUCCCCUGGGUGCCUGUGGGGGCUGCCCGCAUCCUCAGGGGGGACGGCUGCCUUACGCAGUCGCUGCACUGAUCUUUAUAGCAAAGACCCUGGAUAUUUUGGGCGUUUAUAAAAGAGACAGAUUUUAAUAAAAUUAAAAAUAGCUUUUGUACCAGCA